CUCUCUUGGAGCUGGAGAGGAGAGGUUGGCCGUCUCUCUCCUCCAGCAGCCGCCGGGCUUCUCUGCAGCCUUCCCGCCGCUUCAUCAUCAUGGAUUUUGGGACUAAAAGAGUCGCUGGGAUUAUCGCUCAGGUCGUCCUGCUUCUCUCCAGCUCGUACGGGACAACCGGAGAAGAGGUGUGUGACAGCGCGCUGGUGUCCAAUCUGCCACCAUCGUCCUUCAGAAGCUCCUCACAGCUGUCCAGCAGUCACGCGCCGGGCUUCGCCAAACUCAACAGGAGAGACGGAGCUGGAGGUUGGUCUCCUCUCACUUCAGACAGGUAUCAGUGGCUGGAGGUGGACUUGGGUGAGCGGACGAAGAUCACCGCUGUCGCUACUCAGGGCCGCUACGGCAGCUCUGAUUGGCAGACGUCAUACCUGCUGAUGUUCAGCGACACGGGACACAACUGGAAACAGUACAGACAGGAGGACAGCAUAGGGUCUUUUCCAGGUAACAGUAAUGCAGACAGUGUGGUUCAAUACAAACUGCAGCAGCCGGCGAUCGCUCGCUUCCUCCGCCUCAUUCCUCUGGACUGGAACCCCAGUGGGAGGAUCGGACUCCGGCUGGAGACCUAUGGGUGUCCUUACACCUCUGAUGUUGUGAGUUUCGACGGCGGCAGCAGCAGUCUGGUGUACAGGCUGAGUCCCGGGCCGAGGCGGACGUCCAGAGAGGUUGUCUCUCUGAAGUUUAAAACCCUGAGGAAUUCUGGAACACUGCUGCACGCACAAGGACAGGGAGGACUGGGCCUCAGUCUGGAGUUAGAGAGAGGAAAGCUACUGCUGCUGCUCAGACAAGGUGGGACUUCAGCCUCUGAACCCCGGCGUCUCGCUUCCCUCGGCAGCCUGUUAGACGAUCAGCACUGGCACCAUUUAGCAGUGGAGCGGCGUGGCUCUCACCUCAACCUCACUGUGGACAAACACACAGAGAGGGUUCAAAUCCAUGCAGAGUUCAGCCACUGGGACAUCGAGCAGCUGAGUGUAGGGACAAUCCAGAGCCUUGGCUCUCAGAAACCAGUUGUCUCCAAGAGGAACUUUUAUGGCUGCCUUGAAAACCUGCUGUACAACGGCCUCAACCUGAUAGAAUUAGCGAAAAACAAAGACCACCAAGUUACUGUACUGGGCAAUGUGACCUUUUCUUGUGCUGAGUCUGUGUCCGUCGCCGUGACGUUCCCCGGCCCCCAGAGCUUCCUCCAAUUGCCUGGGGCAACAGCAUCCUCGUCGGGGGGAUUGUCCGUGGGGUUCCAGUUCAGGACGUGGAACAAGGCGGGGCUUCUGCUCACCUUUAUCCUGCCUCAGGAAGGGGGCGUGGCCUGGCUGUACCUGAGUGAGGCCAGACUCCGGCUACAGAUCCAUAAAGCUGGCAGGGCGCUGCUGGAGCUCAGUGCAGGUUCUGCUCUGAAUGACGGUCAGUGGCAUUCAGUGGAGCUGAACUCAAGACGAGGUCGUCUUAGCAUCACUGUGGAUAAAGAGGAAGGAGGCAACACUCAGGCCAGUCCCUCAUUUCCUGUCACCAUUGAAAGUCACCUCUUCUUUGGUGGUUGUCCCACUGAAGACGACAGGCAGGAGUGCAGAAACCCCUUUAAUGUCUUCCAGGGCUGCAUGCGUCUCUUGUCUCUGGACAACCAAAUUGUGGACCUGAUCAUGGUGCAGCAGAAGCAGCUGGGAAUCUACAGCAACCUGCAGAUUGACAUGUGCGGAAUCAUCGACAGGUGUUCUCCCAGUCGUUGUGAACAUGGCGGCCGCUGCAGUCAGUCCUGGACCGUCUUCCACUGUAACUGCUCUGAGAGCGGCUACAGCAGAGCAACUUGCCACAGCUCUGUGUACGAACAGUCCUGCGAGGCGUACAAACACAACGGCAACACGUCGGGACAUUUUUAUAUCGACGUGGACGGCAGCGGACCAGUCAAACCACAGCUGGUCUACUGCAACAUGACAGAGGAGGACACAUGGAUGGUCAUCCAGCACAACAACACAGAGCUGACCAGACUCCGACCAUCUCCAGGUGGAAACCAGCAUUCAGUUCACUUUGACUACUCGACUAAAGAAGAGCAACUGUUGGCCGCCAUUAGCCAAUCAGAAUACUGCGAACAGGAGCUGUCCUACCACUGCAGGAAGUCCCGCCUCCUUAACACUCCAGAGGGCUCUCCAUUCAGCUGGUGGCUCGGUGGUCCCGGUCCUGGUCGUGUCCAGACGUAUUGGGGCGGAGCUCAGCCAGGCAGCCAGCAGUGUGUCUGUGGUCUGCAGGGCGACUGUGUAGACCCACAACACUACUGCAACUGUGACGCUGACCGCAUGGAGUGGGCUGAAGACUCGGGCCUGCUCACCCAUAAAGAGAGCCUCCCUGUCAGGUCUCUGGUGCUGGGUGACAUCCAGAGGCCGGGGUCAGAGGCUGCCUACAGGGUGGGACCGCUCCGUUGUCAUGGAGACAAGAACUUCUGGAACGCUGCGUUUUUCGACAAGGAGACAUCGUACCUCCACUUCCCCACCUUCCACGGAGAGCUGAGCGCAGAUAUCUCCUUCCUGUUUAAAACCACUGCCUCCUCUGGUGUGUUCCUUGAAAACCUGGGCAUCAAAGACUUCAUCCGGAUCGAACUGAGCUCCUCCACUCAGGUGGUGUUCUCCUUUGAUGUUGGUAACGGGCCGCUGGAGGUUCACGUAAAGUCGAGCGUGCCGCUGAACGACAACCAGUGGCAUCGAGUCCGAGCCGAGCGGAACGUCAAGGAGGCGUCGCUUCGACUGGAUGAACUUCCUGCUGCCACACAGGAGGCUCCUGCUGAUGGACACCUCCACCUGCAGCUCAACAGCCAGCUGUUCAUAGGAGGUACAGCGUCCAGGCAGAAGGGCUUUCGGGGCUGUAUUCGCUCCCUGCAGCUGAACGGCGUCACCCUAGACCUGGAGGAGAGGGCUAAGAUCACACCCGGUGUUCGACCCGGCUGCCCGGGUCACUGCAGCAGCUACGGCUCACUGUGCCAGAACCAGGGUCGCUGUGUGGAGAGAGCCAACGGCUUCCACUGUGACUGCAGCCUGUCCGCAUACACUGGAGUCUUCUGUCACACAGAAGUGUCUGCCAGCUUCAAGUCAGGGACAUCCGUCAGCUACACCUUCAAGGAGCCGUAUGAGCUGAGCAGGAACAGCAGUGCCCUGCCAUCCUCCAUCUACUCAGACAUGACUCUGAGAGGAGAGAACAUCUCCCUGAGCUUCAGGACCAACCAGAGUCCGGCUCUGCUGCUCUACGUCAGCUCCUACUACAGAGAGUACCUGGCCCUGCUCAUCAACAAGCACGAUAAAAUGGAGGUGAGAUACAAAAUGGACAGCGGCAGAGAUGUUGAAGUGUUGAGGAGCAGAGUGAAGAGCCUGGCCAAUGGACAACUCCACACUGUGACCAUCAGGAGACUGACGGACUCUGUGACUGUGCAGAUCGACCAGAACACCAGAGAAGACUUCAACCUGACGUCUGAUGGAGAAUUCAACGCCAUCAAGUCGCUGGUGCUGGGCAGAGUGCACGGGUCUGAUGAGAUGGAUCCAGACCUUGCCAGGUUGGCGUCUCUCGGUUAUACCGGCUGUCUCUCAGUGGUCCACUUUAACUCCAUCAGCCCUCUGAAAGCUGCUCUGCUCCACCCGGACACCAGCCCUGUCAUCAUCACCGGACCUUUAGUCCAGUCCAACUGCGGCUCCUCAGCUUCAGCUAAUCCCUACGCAGCAGAGAACACACACCACCUGUCAGACCAGUCUGGUUCAGUGGGUUCAGGUCAACCUUUAGUCAAUGCCAUCAGGACUGACUCGGCUCUGAUUGGAGGUGUCAUAGCAGUGGUGAUCUUUGUGAUUGUGACCGGCCUGGCGAUAACUGCCAGAUUCCUCUACCGGAGAAAAGAGACAUAUCGAAACCAGGAAGUAAAGGGAGUCAAACAAGAGGACAGCCCAGAUUUCCCUUUCAACAAUCAGACUGACUCCCAGAAUGUCUCCACUGAAAACCCAAAGGAGUAUUUCAUUUAACUGGAGGCCAGAUGACCUGAUGAACUGGUGGUUGCAGACAGGGGAGUCCUGCCAUGCCUCAGGACUCAGAGCCGCUCAGAGACUUCGCUGGCAGAGAUGGCUCCACAGCAUGUUGAGGCAAAAAAGAACAAUUCACACAGUGUUGUCUUUCUGUUGCUUUAUUGUAAAUUUUGAAUAUACUGAUACAAACAGGCAACAGUGUUGGACUUAUGAGGUGUUGAUAUCCUUGUUUCAACUGUAAGUAUUAAAAUGUAAAUGUUGAAUUAAUGUCUUUGUAACAAUCUCUGGCUAAUGUCACUUUGACAUAUUGAUAUGUUGGAAAUAAUGAAAGUAUCAGUAUUUUCUAUGGUGUAUGGUUAGGAAGCUUAGCCCUCUUGUGGUCAGCCUUUCCCUGGACUGAGAUGGCUACUUGUAUGUAGAGACGGGACAGAACUUGAAAGUGGCAGGAUGUUGUUUUAUAUCCUCUUGAGGUUCCAUCAUCAUGUCUUUGAUUGUGAUCAAACUUUUUACAAGGUCACAAACUAGGCUAACUAACCCUCCAAGGACGUCUUACAAUGUUUUGAACCUCCAGCAAUUUUGUUCUUUCUACCAUCACUCCCACUUACUUGCAGUUUUAAUCCCUCCCUUUGAAGGUUUAAUCUUUCACAUUGUAAGAUCUUUGGCGGGAAAAUAACCGGUGACUAUUAAAGAAUUCUCCCACCACAUUACAAAAAUUAUUCCAAAUUUAUGCACGCAAAUUUAGUCAUGGAUCUAUUAAAGUUUUAAUCCUUAAAGCAACUAUAAUCAGUAUUUUAUGCAAUAAUGUAUCAAGUGACAGUGAAAACAACCUAACAAUAUGAAAGGAUUUGCUUAAUUAACCUACCAAGAAUUAUCCCCCGAAUUUGCAGUUCUCCUCGGCCAUAUGGAGCUUUAUAAUGAGUUUCAGCUCAUUAUUUGUGAUGUCAGGCCCAAACUUGACUUGUUGGGUUCAUUCAUAUAGCAGCUGUUUUUAGCUAAAAAAAUAAAAAAUCUCCAAAACCCCACUACACAACACCUUUUUCAGUACUGAACAACAGAAAGACACAUUUAGAGACUAGCUUGUGAAGAUAGCAGAGCAUUUUCCAGCUAAAGAGACAGAUAUUUUCCUCAGGAGCUGAUAGAGACCAAAAACAGAACUAAAGAGGAGAAUGAAUAUUGGACUGAAACUCAACUGACUGAAUGAUUACACUAUUGCUCCAGAACAGUUGGACUUGUAAAUAAGCAACUGUUUGCUUACUAGGUCGCCGUUUCAACUUUAAAAGUAAUGAUAUGUUUGUGUUGUUUACAGCUUGUUUCUGCUGCCCCCAUGUGGCCAAAAAAAUCAGUUAUUGCACGUUUAAGAUUUCAGUGCUCAUUGAUUUGGUAGCACACAUGGUUGAGGGCUGUUUGUUGACUUGAGCAGGUUUGUCAGAAAUACAACAGAGCACCUGAUGUAUCUGUUUUCAGUGCAGCCAAACAAACACAUUGUAGGGAAGCGUACGAAGGAAAUCUAGCACGGAAAUGGCGGACUCAACCACUAACAACGAAAACCAUUGAGUGUCAACAUGCUAAAAGGCUAUCGCUGAAAAAACAGCCAUCACCACAAAAGCUUUCAGUAAAACUGCACAAACAUCUGAAGCUAUGAAAGUUUCACCUAUCAAAGUGGCCUCUCUUUUGUAAUGUAGUCUGGGGAUGCUUUUGAAAUAAAGAAGUCAAGCCACAUCUCCCACAGAAACUACCAUCAGGGUGUAACUUCUUCCCCUGGCCAUGGUUCAAAAAAUCCAAACAACUUUGUUCUGUUAAAACUAAGCUCCUGGUCUAUAGUCUGGAUUCAUUUAUAAGAACGUUUGUAUGUGAAUGACUGUGUGAAGGUUUGUUGCAGUGAUGGUUUGAGAUAUCUGAGCCAUAAUCAGGGUAGUGGUAGACUGACAUGAACAGUAAUGCUUUCCCCCUUCUUUCUUUUCUAAACAUGGUGGCAUUGGCAGGAAGCCAAAACACAUCCAUGAUCAUUUCAAGACUUCUGUGUGGUUCUCCCAAAUGCCUUUACAUCCAUUUCACUUUUCUUUUUCUUUCUACCCCGACUUAAAAGUUUCCUGGUCCCUGCUGUAUGCCGCCUGCUGGGAGCCUCCUCUCCCAGCUCUCUAAAUGUCUCUGAAGAGUAAAGCUUUUAACACUGACAGCAGCGUAGACUCUAUUACACUGUGGCUGUCUGUCACCUCCUUCACUGCACGCAGAGACAGUUAAUGUGUUUUUGAAAUGCUAAUCUGCUUCGGUCUGACAGGUGGAUUGUGUGUGACUCCACUGAAAGCAGAGAGAUGAUCAGAGUGAGACGGAGAGAUAAUCCGAGAGACAUUGUCGAGCAGACACGAAUAUAAUGAAAACAGCCUGAUAUUAACACUUGAAAAUGAAGCAAAUCCCCCCAUGUGUUAAUUCAACCCAUGUGUAAAGAGUGCUGCUGAUAGAAGGAGGUUGAGAAGCAGAAAGAGGAUCGACAGCAGCUGUUUUUCAAACACACACCACCGUCUCUCUGCAGGACCCCAAAGCGCAGAUGGGAUUUUAAUGACAAAAGUUACGAAAACUUCAAAGUAUGUCUUUAAACUGCGUGUAUUUUUUACUUUCUACCCAGCCACAAUAAGUGAGCUGCUGAUGGCAGCCAUUGCAAUUCUGUCACUCCUGUUGACAAGUCCUUGCCAGUGCUGCGCAUCUCUGCUACAUCCAUUCUGCAGCAGCCAUUUACUUCUAACUCAGUGAGGACUAAAACUGAUGAAUAAUCAGUAACCUACACAGACACCAGUGCAGCUGGGUCAGCAAAUGGUUGCCCUACUAAGGUGAUCUUCUGAUAAAGGGUUGCUUGAUACAGAAGUGAAGAAAAAGUAAAGCAAGUAUUUUCAUUUUUGUUUUAAAGUUGAGUCAUAUCCCAUUUAAAAAAAAAAAAAAACACUGAAAAAAUGAUAUUGGUGCAAAGUUGGCCAGCUGAACCCAAAAGAAAAAAAAAAUAGAAAAUUUGGCAGUCAGCCAGGCUUAAAGUGGAAAUUUUCAGGCUCAGUCUAGUGUUCUGUCAAACCAUUAUGGGUAUACAGUAAAACAGUGAAAACUACUUCAUUGGACCUGCAUAUGUGCAUCUGUACACCCAAAAUCAUUUUUUGAUAUCAAAUUUUUACCCAUAACGUAUUGCUGGUAGUGGUUUGGUUCUGUUUCUGGCAAGGUUUGUAGUGAAGCUGAAUGGUUCUCAGUGUAACUAUAAUAAUGUAAUGGUACUUAGUAUUGGUGGUUGGUGAAUAACAGUGAUGUCAGUGAGUUUGAGUGACAUGCCAUAAAAAAAGGAAGGAAAAAAAAUCCAGAUUUUAACCAUAUUUCUGGUUAUUUGGCUAGAAACAA